GGAGCGAUGGUGGGAGCAGCGCGCUGCAAGUAGUUCCGGACAGGAGGGCGCGCAUCUAUAAAAGGCGCGGCGGGCGGGCGAAGCGGCCAUUGACGGACGGGGAGCGGUCGCUGAAGCUGGUAUUUUGGUCGGUUCGAGCACCCAUUUGCCGUACGAACAUGCAGAUCUUUGUGAAAACCCUGACUGGCAAGACCAUCACUCUAGAGGUGGAGCCCAGUGACACAAUUGAGAAUGUCAAGGCCAAGAUCCAGGACAAAGAAGGGAUCCCACCUGAUCAGCAGCGUUUGAUCUUUGCUGGUAAGCAGUUGGAAGAAGGGCGCACUCUCUCUGAUUACAACAUCCAGAAGGAGUCAACCCUGCACUUGGUGCUGCGUCUGAGAGGUGGUAUGCAGAUCUUCGUGAAGACCCUGACUGGCAAGACCAUCACCCUUGAAGUGGAGCCCAGUGACACAAUCGAGAAUGUCAAGGCCAAGAUUCAGGAUAAGGAAGGGAUCCCACCAGACCAACAGCGUUUGAUCUUUGCAGGGAAGCAACUGGAAGAUGGCCGCACCCUGUCCGAUUACAACAUUCAAAAGGAGUCAACCCUGCAUUUGGUGCUGCGUUUGAGAGGUGGUAUGCAGAUCUUUGUGAAGACCCUGACAGGCAAAACAAUCACUCUUGAAGUAGAGCCGAGUGACACCAUUGAAAAUGUCAAGGCCAAGAUUCAGGAUAAGGAAGGGAUCCCACCAGACCAACAGCGUUUGAUCUUUGCAGGCAAGCAACUGGAAGAUGGUCGCACCCUGUCAGACUACAACAUCCAGAAAGAAUCUACUCUCCACUUAGUUCUUCGUCUGAGAGGUGGUAUGCAGAUCUUUGUGAAGACCCUGACAGGCAAAACAAUCACCCUUGAAGUGGAGCCCAGUGACACAAUCGAGAAUGUCAAGGCCAAGAUUCAGGAUAAGGAGGGGAUCCCACCUGAUCAGCAGCGUUUGAUCUUUGCAGGGAAGCAACUGGAAGAUGGUCGCACCCUGUCAGACUACAACAUCCAGAAAGAAUCUACUCUGCACUUGGUGCUGCGUCUGAGGGGGGGCAAUUGUUAAACUGUUGCAAUUGGCUUUUUUCUGUGGGUAAUGUUCUUGCCUUUAGCUUAAAUUUUUGAUUAGUGUCUUCCCAUGUCAUUCAAAAUAAAAUUGUUGCAAGCUUA